AUGCCCAUCAUUCCGCAGUUAGAUCUCUCUCACAACCAACUCAACGGACCUUUAACAAACCUUCCUAAUGGGGAAACUUAUGGCUUGUUUGGUCCUUCUCCGGUAUUAUUUCUUGGAAAUAACUUUUUCAAUGACUUGAUUCCAACAUCAUUAUGCAGAAGGACAGAUUUGGAUUAUCUCGAUCUUUCCAAAAAUAACUUAACAGGUAAAAUUCCCAAGUGUCUUGAGAAGCUGGAAAGGCUGUAUGCGAUGAUACUUAGCUCAAAUCAAUUUUCCGGUGUCAUUCCGAGUUUUGUAGGUUUUGGUUCAUUAACUCGGUUAAGGUUGAAUGACAACAAGUUUACUGGUGAAAUUCCUCAAGAACUGGGGAAUUUACGAUAUCUAAAUAUCUUAGAUCUUGGUGAUAAUAAACUGUCGGGAAAUAUACCCAAAUGGGUAGGGGAAGAACUUACAUAUUUGGCAGUUUUGAGGUUACGCAAAAAUAACUUCACGGGAAGAAUUCCUCAGUCUUUGUGCAAUGUUUCAAAUCUUCAAAUUUUGGAUGUUGCACACAACAACUUAAAGGGACGCAUCCCUCGUUGUCUUGGAGAGUUGAUUGCCAUGGUUAAUAACAGCGGAUCUGGACAAAUGGGUAGCUUGUUCGACUAUGAUGAGAUCAAUGUUGAUCAGGUCAUGAAAGGUGUUGAUCUUGAAUAUACAAGAACUUGGUAUAUGGUUUUCAACAUGGACCUUUCAAGCAACCAACUUGUUGGAGAAAUACCAAACGAGCUAACUGCACUUUCCAUGUUGGUGGGGUUCAAUUUGUCAAAUAAUCAUCUCACUGGGCAUAUUCCUAAAAGCAUUGGAAACAUGACAAAUUUAUUUUCUCUCGAUUUAUCUGGAAACGAGUUGACAGGGGUGAUCCCUCCGAGCAUGGCAGAUUUGACAUUUUUGAGCCAUUUGAAUUUGUCACACAACAACUUGUCAGGACGAAUUCCAACAGGAAGACAACUGCAGACCCUCACUGAUCCAUCGAUAUAUGAAGGGAACAAAGAUCUCUGUGGAUCUCCAUUGCCUAAGAAUUGCUCAAAUCCCAGAGAAGACCCAACAACAACAAGCAAGAAGAAACAAGAAGCAGUUGAUGAGAAGACAAAGUUAUGGUUGUUUUACGUGGACAUAAUUUGUGGUUUUGCAACAGGGUUUUGGGGUGUUAUUGGGGUUCUGUUGUUCAAGAGGCAGUGGAGACAAAAGCUUUUCAUGUUUGUUGAGAAAACCAUGGACAAGAUAUAUGUUGCAUUUGUGGUGAGAGUUAACAAGAUCAAGAGAGGAAGAGAGGUCGCAUAG